UUCAAACAAGCCCAUGGUUGGCUCACCAGCCAUGUAAAAUGGGUGAAAAUCAUAUGGAUAUGGAUUUUCAUAUAUUCAUUACACACUUGUUUGUAACAUUUGUAAUACAAGGAGAAUAGUCUUAUGGAUUCAAUGAAAUCCUUCCAGAGUUAUUGCAAGGCAGACGAGCUCGAAGAACAGGCUUAUCGGAGAAGGACCCGCAAGCGCUUAAUCAUCAUCGGACUCUCUACAAUCGUCUUGAUAGCCAUCAUCAUUGGUGCAGUCUUUGGGACGCUUUUCCCUGUAAAAUCCUCAAAAUCCAACGAGAACCCACCAACUUAUACUGCAGAGAGCAUCAAAGCAAUAUGUGAUGUGACCAGGUAUCCUGAUUCUUGUGGUUCAAGCAUAGCGGCCAUAAGGAGCUCCUCAAAUGAUACUGACCCAAACCCUGGUCCUUCAAAAGUCUUCACACUGUCCAUGCAAGUUGCGGUCGGUGAACUGAUAAGGCUCUCGUCUUUGCCCCAAAAGAUCAUUUCUUCUAAUGUGAACAUCGAUCCCAUGGUGCGGGAAGAGUUGGAAAUUUGCGAAAAUCUUUUCGAGGACGCAGUUGAGUAUAUCAAUGACUCCAUAUCAGCCGUGCAAGGAGGGCAGGGAGACGAGAUGGUGUUGUCAACGGCCAAGAUUAACGAUAUAAAGACGUGGCUCAGCAGCGCAAUCACGAACCAGGAAACAUGUUUAGAUGGACUAAUGGAAGCCGCGAACCAUGCGGCUAUACCCCAAGAAAUGGAAAAUGCUACGAGGAACUCCACUGAAUUCAGCAGCAACAGCUUAGCUAUUGCAACCCACAUAAUGACCAUCCUACAGAGUUUCCAAGUUCCGAUUCAUCGGAAGUUGCUAAAAUUCGACCGCCACCACCACGGUCUUGAAUUCGAUCCCCGUUUUCCUCUCUGGGUUCGUAGGGGGGACAGGAGAUUGCUUCAGGAGGAAAAUCCUAUACCGAAUAUUACCGUGGCUAAAGAUGGUAGUGGAGAUUUUAGAACAAUAAGUGAAGCAGUUGAAUUAAUCCCAAAGAAGAAAAAAACCAGGUUCGUUAUCUACGUAAAAGAAGGGGUAUAUUUAGAGAACGUGAGUAUCGAUAAGGAUUAUUGGAAUGUAAUGAUUUAUGGAGAUGGAAUGUACAAGACUAUCGUCUCUGGCAGCUUGAACAAGGUCGAUGGAACCCCUACCUUUUCGUCAGGCACUUUACUUGCUGCUGGUAGGCGAUUCAUAGCAAGAGACAUGGGUUUCAUAAACACAGCAGGCCCAGAAAAAGAGCAAGCUGUUGCAAUGCGUUCGUCCUCGGACCAAUCUGUGUUCUACCGCUGUUAUUUUGAUGCAUAUCAGGAUACUCUUUACGUGCAUUCCAAUCGCCAGUUUUACCGUGAUUGUCAUGUCACAGGAACCGUUGAUUUCAUCUUUGGGAAUGCCGCUGUGGUUCUACAAAAUUGCAGCAUUCAACCCAGGCAGCCCGGGCCUGACCAGUUCAACACCAUUACUGCGCAAAGCAAGACUGACCCAAAUCAGAACACCGGUAUUUCGAUCCAACGGUGCCAGAUUACUCCUUUUGACAACCUGACGGCUACCACCUACCUUGGUAGGCCUUGGAAGGAUUUUGCAACUACAAUGUUCAUGCAAUCACAUAUUGGAGAUGUUGUGGACCCAGCUGGUUGGACCCAAUGGACGCAGGGUGUUGAUCCGCCUAAUACUAUAUUUUAUGCGGAGUACGAAAAUUUGGGGCCUGGAUCAGGGAUCAAUGAACGAAGAAAUUGGCCCGGUGUUAAGCCGAAUGUCACCACUGAAGAAGCAAGAAGAUUUACCGUAGAGUCUCUUAUUCAGGGAAACCAGUGGUUGCCAAAGGAUAGUAUGGUGUAUGAAUCAAGUUUAGAAUGAUGAAGAUAAAAUCAUGUUCAAAAAAAAAAUAUGAAUUAUUUUUUUGUUAUUUGAAUUUUCAUGGAUGUUAAUACUACCUUUUAACUUUUAAGUUCA